AAGAGUCAAGUCCUAAAUCCUUACCAACACCCAGAGUCCCUGCACACACGCGCGCGCGCGCGCGCGCGCGCGCACACACACACACACACACACACACACACACCUCGCUGCUUGCUCUUUUCACUUGCUCCACUAACACACCGGUCUUCAGCCCUAGGGUGAACAUCUCCCCUCCUCCAGGUGUUCUUUAAAGAUCUUCCCUGGGGCCGGAGAGAUGGAUCAACAGUUAAGUAUACUGACUGCUCCCACAGAGGACCUGGUUUGAUUCCCUGCACCAUACAGCUCACAACAAUCUGUAACUCAAGUUCAGGGGAUCCAACACCCGCCUCCAGUCUCCUUGGGCACCAAGCACAUGCAGACAAAACACCCAUACACAUAAACUAGGAACUGGGCAGUGGUGGCGCACGCCUUUAAUCUUAGCACUAGGAGGCAGAGGCAGGCGGAUCUCUAAAUUCAAGUUCCAGGACAGCCUGGGCUACACAAAGAAACCCUGUCUCAAAAAACAAAAACAAAAAAAGGAUCCCUGACUACUCGGAUAGUCCACAUCCGGUCCUACUCUACUUGCUCCAUAUUUAUCACUAUAAUGUAAAGAUAUACUUACACUCCCAGAUGGUGAUGGAGGCGGGAGUUUAAGCCCAGUUUGGGCAACACGGUGAAAGUCAAAAUAUGUACUUAAUUCACAGAUUUGUAGCAAUCUCUUUGGCAGAAAGUCAAGUCCUCAGGGACAGGAAGAAUGGUACCUAAUGAGUGUUCAGUAUGUGUUGGAAAACAAACAAAAAAUCGAUUCAGAAACCUGAAAAUGAGGAAUAUACAAAAAGAGCCUGUUCUAACCGUUCAUCGCUAGGAUCUGAGACUUAGAGUCCAUUCGAUGCCCAGGCCCCCUAGUGAGGGACGAUAUUGCCCCCUGGCGUCCAGAAUGGAAACUGCACCUUCGAGGCUGUUCCAACCGACCACUGAAAAAAAUUCACAAGGAAAUAAUGUGCAUUCUUCAAAACUGCUGUAGGUUCCGAGAGUGGCGGCGCACGCCUUUAAUCCCAGCACUCGGGAGGCAGAAGCAGGCGGAUCUCUUGUAAGUUCGAGGCCAGCCUGGUCUACAGAGUGAGUUCCAGGACAGCGAGAGUUACAGGGUGAGAUCCUGUUUCAAACGAACCGUUCGGUUGAUUUAUAAAAUGUAAAGACUUCUAAAACGGAUGUGAGAACACACAACGCAACCUCCGGUUAAAAGGGGAGAAAAAGUAGUGCUCCAGGUGAGGAUCGAACUCACAACCUCGGCAUUGCUCCGCCUGCACUGUCAUAUAAGUACCGCGCGCUAACCGAUUGCGCCACUGGAGCUCCGGCCGCACCCUCGCGCCACUAAGUCCUUCAGUCAGUCGCAGUCGCGCGACUUUGCCGGACAGCCCCGCCCAACAUCGCCUAUGCAAAUGCCAAGCCCUCCGAUCGGCCAGUAAGCACGAGCGCGUGAAACUAUUCGGGAUUCUCACGCCGCGCCGGCCCACGCUGCAAAAGGCAAAAGUCCUCCCGGCGCCCGGAAUGUGGGCGGGGACCUGCCGCUGGGCCCGCCUGCUCGCGAAUACUCGGAGUAGGGGGCGGGGGCUUUAACCCUUUGCGGGAGGGCGUGCCGGAAGGCGGCCCCUCCCCCCAGCGGGCGGGAACAGGAUGUGAGCCCGAGCGGCGGCCAGGGGGAGGGGAAGCCUCGGGCGGCCGCCCCCCGCCCCACAUCUGGGACCUGGUUCUCCCCGCCCCAGAUGCGGCGCCGCCGCCGCCGCCGCCGCCCCCAGAGCCCCGGGGCACCCAUCCCGGAGCCCGAGGCGUUCCGAGUGUCGGACCCGGGCGUCCGGGAUCUCCGUCCCGCGUCUUAAGAGACCCGCAAGUCCAGGCUCCCGCGCCCGGCCGGGACCGCUGAUGCCCAGCGCCCCCUCUUGGAGGAAGCCGCGGGCCCGGGACAUCAGCUCCAAAGCUGGAGGCCCGUCCCUGCACCCGGCUUCGAAGACGGCAGGAUCCGUGGCCGCGCACCCCACCCCCCACCCCCGGGGUUCUAACUCUUGGGUCCAAGACCCCCUCCUGGAGCCACUUGGGGACCGGACCUCGCUCCUCGACUUAGGGUUGCAGCAUCCAUCACUUCCAAGAGACCGAGGAGUUUGCGAGUCCUUGCGCUCCCUCCCGGAGGUGACUUCAUCCCUGCCCCUAGGGUUCUGGAAACUCUGGAAUCCCGGUCCCCCCGACCACACACAGCCCUACCUAGAAGACUCAGGAAUUUGGGUCCCCAGCGCACCCGUCUGAGACUCGAGUGGAGGGUUGCAGCAUCUUCCACUUAGAACACCGAGACUUCGGACUCUGGAUCCCAACUCUCCCCGGAUUCUGGAGUCUGAGAGCCCCAAGUUCACGACCCUGAGUCCGGGCUGUGAGCCUCCCCGGGGACCGCGCGUUACGGUCCAGACGCGCCGGACUCCCGACCCUGGGGCCCGCAGCUCCCCGGGAGGUCCGAGUUGUGCCACUCAGCCAUGCCCGAGGGAGCUCGGGGACUCAGCCUGUCCAAACCCAGCCUUAGGCUGGGGUGUGGCCACCAAGGUGAAGCUUGCGACUGCGCAGCUGGGAGUGAUACUCCGACAGCAGCCCCUCCAGCCCCCGCCAUGGCUUCCCCGAGGGGUUCCGGCAGCUCCACCUCUCUGAGUACUGUGGGCUCUGAGGGGGACCCAUCACCAGCCUGCUCAGCGUCCAGGCCAGAGCCCCUGCCAGAACCCCCCAUACGGCUGCACCUGUCGCCUGUGGGAAUCCAGGGUCCGGUGAAACCCUCAAGGCUGGAGCGAGUGGCCAAGGAGAUCGUGGAGACGGAGCGGGCGUAUGUCCGGGACCUGCGCAGUAUUGUGGAGGACUACCUGGGUCCUCUGAUGGACGGCAGGGCCCUGGGGCUGAGCCCGGAGCAGGUGGGCACGCUGUUUGCCAACAUCGAGGACAUCCAUGAGUUUAGCAGUGAGCUCCUGGAGGACUUGGAAGGCAGCAGCAGUGCAGGGGGCAUCGCCGAGUGCUUUGUGCAGAGGAGCGAGGAUUUUGACAUCUACACAUUGUACUGCAUGAACUACCCAAGCUCCCUGGCCCUGCUCCGAGAGCUCUCGCUGUCCCCACCAGCCACUCUGUGGCUGCAGGAACGUCAGGCCCAGCUCCGGCACUCCCUGCCUCUGGAGAGCUUCUUGCUGAAGCCUGUUCAGCGCAUCCUGAAGUACCAUCUCCUGCUGCAGGAACUGGGCAAACACUGGGCAGAGGGCCCAGACGCCGGAGGGCGAGAGGUGGUAGAGGAAGCUAUUGUGUCCAUGACUGCAGUGGCCUGGUACAUCAAUGACAUGAAGCGCAAGCAAGAGCAUGCCGCUCGCCUGCAGGAAGUGCAGCGGCGGCUGGGUGGCUGGACUGGCCCAGAGCUCAGUGCCUUUGGAGAGCUGGUGCUGGAAGGCACCUUCCGUGGGGGCGGCGGGGGAGGCCCACGGCUGAGAGGGGGUGAGCGCCUGCUCUUCCUGUUCUCCCGGAUGCUGCUUGUGGCCAAACGUCGGGGGCCUGAAUACACCUACAAGGGCCACAUCUUUUGCUGUAACCUGAGUGUCAGCGAGACUCCUCGAGACCCCUUAGGGUUUAAGGUGUCGGAUCUGACCAUCCCCAAGCACAGACACCUGUUCCAGGCCAAGAACCAGGAAGAGAAACGGCUCUGGAUUCACUGUCUCCAGCGCCUUUUCUUUGAGAACCAUCCAGCUUCCAUCCCUGCCAAGGCAAAGCAAGUUCUUUUGGAAAACAGCCUGCACUGUACUCCAAAAAGCAAAACAUUCCCAGAGCCCCCCACAUCCCCACUGGAUUCUCCCCGCCCUCGAGACGCUCGAAGUUUCACCCCUGGAAGAAGAAACCCAGCUCCAUCUCCAAGACUCUCUGGCAGUCGCCGUGGCCGCAGGCAGUCUGGUGAGUAUUCACCACUUCAGGGGGACCCAAGGAUCCAAUGGCCUGGCCUCCUGAUACCCUGUGUCCUUCCCACAGAGCCAGCAAAGGAAUCUUACGUCAUUUUUCCCCAGAACGAGAAACCUCAAGUCAAGCAUGCUGGCAGUGACGGGGAGCUCCAUCCCCCAUCUGAGUCACAGCCACCAGUCUCUGCUUCUGGCCCCCCGGAAGACCUGGAGGAUGCUGGGCCUCCCACAUUGGAUCCAUCAGGGACCUCCAUCACUGAGGAAAUUCUAGAACUGCUUCACCAGAGAGGCCUCAGGGAUCCAGGGCCAGCCACCCACGACAUUCCCAGGUUCCCCAGAGACUCCAGGGUGCCAGUUGAAAGCGAACCCCUCCCUUUCCAAGCCUUGCCCAGCCGAGAGUCUUCAGAAGAGGAGGAGGAUGAACAGUUAGAGGCAGAUGAACGGGAGCCUUCCCCACUCCACGUCUUAGAGGGGCUGGAAGGUUCCAGUCCAGCCGAAAUUCCCUGCAUGCCCAGCCUUACCAAGAUUCCCAGCGACAUGCCCAGCCUUCCAGAAAUUCCCGAGGCUCCCUGCCUUCCGAGUCUCUCUGACAUCCCUAGUGUUUUUGAGAUGCCAUGCCUUUCACCCAUGUCCAGUGUGCCUGACAUUCCCAGCUUGACCAGCACCCCUUCCUUCCCCUGUGGCUCCUGGCUCCCUGGACCCCUGCAGGAGCCCGCCCUGCCUCUAGCCACCAGGAGGGAACUGUUGACUGGAAGCAGUCCUGGAAGACUGGGCGAGCCACCCUCAGAAAGCGGAGUGGGGCAGGAGGAAGAUGCAGAAGGUGUGUCCUUCCCAGCUGUGCAGACCCAGGAUGGCACCCGAGUCCAAGGGUUCCCGGAGGAACUGGAAUACCGCUCUUGUUCAGAAAUCCGGAGCGCCUGGCAAGCGCUGGAGCAGGGGCAGCUCUCCCGGCCUGGCUUUCCUGAACCGCUGCUGAUCCUGGAGGACUCUGAUCUUAGUGGAGGCAGCACCAGCGGGAAGGCAGGAAUGCCACGCUCCGAGCGGUCAGCGUCCCGGGUGCGAGAACUGGCUCGGCUCUACAGCGAGCGGAUUCAGCAGAUGCAGCGAGCUGAGACAAGGGCAUCCACCAAUGCACCCCGCCGCCGACCUCGAGUCCUGGCCCAACCCCAGCCGUCCCCCUGCCCACCACAGGAGGAGGCUGAGCCAGGACCCCUGCCUGCUUUUGGACAUGUGCUUGUAUGUGAGCUGGCCUUCCCACUAAACUGUGCCCAGGAGUCUGUCCCUCUGGGCCCUGCUGCUCUGGUUCAAGCUGCCACACCUUUGUCUAAGCAAGGAGAUCACCUGAAUGGCCACAGUCUAAAUGUUUCAGAUUUGCCCAAGCAAGACCACCUAGGCAGCUGCAUUCCGCCUAUCCCUUUACCUGGACAGAGCGACUCUGAGAUCAUCCAAGGUCCAUCCACAUCACCUUUGCCCAAGCAAGAAGAACCUCCGGAUGUCCAGGUACCAGCUGCCUCCACUCUGCCUGAUCAAAGUCACAUUCCAGCUACCACUCCUUCACCUGAGCAUAGAAACUACAUGGAAAUCCAGGUGCCAUCCACCACCACCUGCCUCCCGGGGCAAGAGCGUCACACAGACCUCCAAAUGCAAAACACUGUGGCGUUGCCUAAACAGGGAGCAGGUGCUAGCGUCAUGAUCUUAGCCGGCCCUCUUUUGCCCAAACACGACGGUCACGAAGAUUGCCAAAGCCCAGAUAGUGCCCUCGGAAGUGAGCAGAGAGAUGUCAGCAUUGAUCGGGGCCCAGCUGCUGUUGGUGGUCGAGCUGUCAGCCCUUCACCAAUGUGCACAAGCAACCCUGACCAUCCGAUCCCAGCCACCACCUCACAGCCUUUGUCACCUGACCUCCAAGACCCCGAGGGUCCUGAUGCUUUCCCUCUCCCUGCACGGGGAGGUCAUCCGGACUGCUGCAUCCCACGCAGCCCUCUACCAUCUUUGUCCCAAGACACUCAGAUGCCAACUGCCAUACCCGUGUCCCAGCCACAAGUCCUUACAGACAUCAGGGCUGAAGCUCCCCCAUCGUUCCCCAAGCAGGAAGGAGCUCCAGAGUCUCUGGGUCCAGAGCCCAGCCUCACAGACAUACCAGCUCCCAGACUCUUACCUUCACUGGGCCAGCAGAAUCCCACAGAUGGCCAUGUGUCAGCGGCCACACCCUUCACUGAACAAGGAUGCUCUCCGGACCUUCAAGGCCUCCUAACCACCCCGAUUCAGACCACCAUGGAGUUACCUAAACCAAGAGACCAUCUGGUCUCUCCUGUUGCCAAGUCGGAGUCUUCAGACUCCACUCCACUCCAGAGCCCCUCGCUGUCCACUCGCCAGCUCCUGGGCCCCAGUGCAGCUGCCCUCUCAAGGUACCUGGCAGCUUCAUACAUCAGUCAGAGCCUGGCUCGGCGUCAGGGCCCCGGGGGAGAUGGCCUGGGAGCCUUCCAGGGUCAUUGGUCCUCCUCUGCCCCUACAUCAAGGGCGCCUUCCCCACCGCCUCAGCCCCAGCCCCCAGGCCCUCCAGCCAGGAGGCUCAGCUAUGCCACCACGGUUAGCAUCCAGGUAGGAGGUGGUGGACGGCUACGGCCAGCCAAAGCCCAGGUCCGGCUAAACCACCCUGCUCUCUUGGCAGCCCCCCACCCGGGAGCCUGUGGGCCUUCCCAAGGCCCAGGGGGCUCCUGAUGCCCCUCACCAUAUGUAAGCCUAGAAAUUAGGCUUCCUAAGCUUCAAGAACUUUCACCAGGUGCCACCCACCCUCAUGACAUCCAGAGUCAGGACACAGGUUUAUUAAUGGCUGCAGCCCUGGGAUCUGUGUUCACAGAUGGCCCUUCUGAGGUCAUGGUUAUUUUGUUAAUUAACUUUAUGAAAUGCUG